AUGAACGCAGAUACGUGCGUCUCAUACUGCGAUAUGACAUCGAUGGAUUCAUAUUAUAGCACGUCUACUGCGCAAGGUAGGGAUCACCAGGCGAACCCGUUCAGGACUUUCCCGAGCGCUGAAACCAAAUACAGCCCCACGUUCAUACCGGGUAAAGGGCAGGCUUACGGAGAGAAGUCCCGGAGCCCUUUCCAGUCGGAGUGCCAGUCGUUGGAUGGCGCCGAGGAGGGCACCUUCAGCAAAUACCAGCUCUUCAUGCAGCGACCGAACUGCAAAACUCCGCCCGAGGGCAGCAAGCUGCACCCGGACAGCGGACACAACGGGACGCUCAUUCCCUGCUACGGUGACCUGACAGAGUCUGAAGCCAAGUGGAGGAAGAGGGAGCGUUUUGGCCAGAUGCAACAGGUCCGGACACACUUCUCUACUGCUUACGAGCUGCCUCUACUGACUCGGCCCGAGAACUAUGCACAGAUCCAGAACCCUUCGUGGAUCGGGAGCAGUAGUGGAGCUUCUCCAGUGCCGGGCUGCGUCGUGCCUUGUGACUCUGUCCCCUCCUGCAUGCCCCCUCACCCUCACGGUCCCGGAGGUGUCUCCGACUUCCUGGGCGUGCCCAGUCCAGGCAGCAGCCACAUGGGACAGACACAUAUGGGCAGCCUGUUUGGGGGUCCCGGGAUGGGCGGGGGAAUCAAUGGCUAUGAUCUCAAUGUUGAUCCAGAUCGCAAGUCCUCCAGCAUAGCUGCACUGCGUAUGAAGGCCAAGGAACACAGUGCAGCCAUCUCUUGGGCUACAUGA